AGCCGUCGCGGCGGCCGCCGACCCGUCGCGACCCGUACGCCGCGCACCAUAGGGACGCGCGCCGCGCAGGUUCGGGGCUGCACCUCGCAGUGUUUUGUGAGCCUCAUUUUACAUGGGCGGCAGCGGCCGAAACGCUGCCGCAGCGCAACCAGCAAACGACGCAUCCAUCACGGCACCAUGGGCUGCGCCCCGUCGAAACAACAGCAAAAGCCGCCGUCGCCCCAGAAGCGCGACUUUCGAGAGCAGCUCGUCUGGGAAAGAAGCGGCCGCAAGUUCUGCGAGGUCUAUGAGUUGCUGAAGGACCUAAACAGUGGUAGCUUCGGCACUGUGGCGUUGUGCCGCCGGAAGGCGGACGGCAAUCGAAGUAUUGAGAGGACGCCGUCUCGGAACAACCUACAACGCGUCAAGAGCGAAAGCGUCUUCGCGAUGAAAGCUUUAGAUUACAUGCGGCACAAUGGGAGAUUGAGACUAGAUGAGGCGACGCGGAACGAGCUGCGGCACGAGAUCGACGUGCUGCGCAAGGUCGAUCACCCCAGCAUAGUCCAUUUAAGGGAGGCCUUCUGGGAGCCCACUCGCUUGGUGCUGGUGAUGGAGUACUGCGAGGGCCGGGAGCUGGCGGAGUUCUGCGGGCAGCUCACUGAAAGUAAAGUUUAUAAAGCCACGGAGCAGAUCCUACGGGCGGUGUCGUACUUACACGCGAGGAGGGUCCUCCACCGAGAUUUGAAACUAGAAAACGUCAUGGUUACUGAUCAACAAGACUGGCACGUCACGAUUGUGGAUUUUGGACUGUCUAGGGUUUUCCCGCAAUCGCUAGAUGGUUCGAGGACGGGCAUUAAAGCUGCGGGCACCACGUCCACAGCAGCACCAGAGGUCAUAAGAGGAGAGGAGUACCUCAUGGUGUCCGACGUGUGGUCCAUUGGUGCCAUGGUGUAUCGAUUAGUAGGUGAUCGGGACCCGUUCCUCAGAGACGACCGUAGGGACGACCCCAAAGCUCUCAGAAGAUUAGAAGCGGGCGACUGCGACUGGGGGCGCAUCGCGACCAUGUCGCGGCCCGGAAGAGCGUUCGUGUUUAAAUGUUUAAGACCGCACCCGGGCCUGCGGUGGGCGGCCGACGCGGCGUUGAAGUACUGUGCGGGCGCGGCGUCCGUUUCCCGUUACGCCAUCGACGCUUCGUCCCGCAGGCCUCGCCGACUGGCGGCCCGAGGCCCUGCGGCCGGUCAACAUCGACACGAAUGUUCCUGCGACGACGGAGAAGCGGGACAAGAGCCCGCGACUCGCCCCGGAGCUCGAGUCCUCUCUCAAAAGAUAUGGCUCCUAUACGGAGCUGAAACGGGCGGCCUUAAUAAUAGCGGCGGCGCAGACCGAUAAAAGAUCGGUAAAAAAGCUAAGGGAAGAAUUUCUCAAAAUAGACACUGAUGCCAGUGGUACGAUAAAUGAAAAGGAGCUGUGUGCGGCGCUCGGCGUGGCCGAGCUCGAUACCCCAACCAAAGACGUCUUCGCGAAGUUGGAUCAUGAUAGCAGUGGCGAGGUCCACUACCACGAGUUCUUAGCGGCGACGUUGGAGGCCCACGAGUUGCUCAAUGAAGAAGUCUUGCAAGAUACGUUCGAUCGGAUGGACCACGACGAUAGCGGGGUUAUCUCGAGGGAGAACUUGCGAUCGUUAUUAGGGUCGCGGGCCUCCGACGAGCUCGUGGAGACGCUCAUGCAGGACGGGGAUUUGAAGCGGAACGGCCACGUCGAUUAUGAGGAGUUUUCUAGAGUGAUGCGUUCUGGCGCUUCUGGUUCCGUCGAUUCGCUCGAGGACGUGGCGCCGAUGUUCUAGGUUGUUUUGUGUGUUUUU